CGUCGUCGCACGCAGCCCGCGAGUGUAUAUUUGACAGUGACAGUGAUUCGUGGCAAGCCUUUUGGAAACUACAUCUUACCAACCAUAUUAAGCCUGCAUUGGGUAGCGAAAAGUCGGAGUAGUUCCUGUGAUGUCCCGCUCAUAAGCGGCAAUAGUGAGCGAGAGGGAUGGCGUCGCGCGCGGGCACGCGCGGGUCGCGGGGCGAGGCACAGCGCGCGCUCGACGAGUUUGAUGAGCUUGCAGGGCUACGGGGUGCGGGAGGGGCCUCCCAGGGGGGCGGGGGGGCCUACACCCUGGAACACCUGGCCACCUUCACCGUCACGAGGGAGACGGGGAUAGUGUACCCUGCCGACGGAAUGAGACGGCUGCUGCAGCUUGAAAAGACUAACGGAAUAUGGAGCCAAAAGAUGCAACUAUGUUUAGAAGGGCAGUGGGUGCUUGUCAUGGACUACGAAACAGGGUCCGUGAUGGAGCGCUUCCCCGCGGCGUGGGUGCACUCCCCCACCGCGUUCACCUCCCCCGAGCCCGCGGAGCUCUACAACAACGUGCUGGCGUUCGUGGUCGGCCCCCCCGCCACCCCCUCCCCGGCCAACUCCCCCGCACCGGGGGAGGCGCCGAGGAAGGAACUACAUAUCUUCCAGUGUCAUGACGUUGGGGCACAAGCGUUGGUUGAAGAGCUGAAUGCGCUCAAGGGCGGCGGAGGGGGUGCGGGGGAUGCAGGCCGGGAGAGGGACUUCGUGAUUGAAAGAGAGAGGGAGAGGGACGACAUCGAGCGGCCUCGUAGGCAGCAAAUGUCAGCCCAGCUCGGGCGCGAGCGCGAGCGCGACGACGCCUCGUCCACCGGCUCGGAGCGCCUCUACGAGCAGGACAUCGCCAUCCUCAACCGCUGCUUCGACGACAUCGAGAAGUUCAUCGCUCGCCUCCAGCACGCCGCCGCCGCCGGCAGAGAACUAGAGAGAAGGAGAAGAGCUCGAGGAAAGAGACAGGCCGGCGCUGGCGAUGGGAUGCUAGCGUUACGCACGCGGCCGCCACAUGAGAGAGAUUUUGUUGAUGUGCUGCAAAAAUUCAAGCUAUCUUUCAAUCUAUUAGCGCGUCUCCGUGCACACAUCCACGACCCGAACGCACCUGAACUAGUUCACUUUCUGUUUACACCGUUGGCGUUGAUAGUGGACGCGGCGCAAGACGCAGAAGGCGGGGCGGCGGGACCAUUACCGGCACGGGUAGUGCAGCCAUUGUUGACGAGAGAUGCGCUGAAUCUGCUGGCGAACUGUGUGACCAGCAAAGAGACAGAGUUGUGGCAUUCGCUGGGAGAUGCUUGGCUCAUACCCAGAGAGCAAUGGAAGACGAGCAUCCCGCCGUACCAGCCCGUAUUCAUGGACGGAUGGUCGCCAGACUACCAGGUUGACGACCAGCCACUGCGCAGAUCAUCCCCCCGUCGCGUGUCAGCGGCGGGCGAGCCGCCAGCGGAGCCCUACUACGAACGCGAGGAGCCUUCGCUGUAUGGGGAGCAGCAGUACCCGCCCUACGACAGGUCGCCGGCGCCGCGCGCGCAUGACUCGGGCUCCGCGGCGUCGUCGCCAGAACGGGAGCCGUAUCGACCGGACGAUGAGGCUUUACAUACAGAUGACCUGGGCGAGGCGUGGGCUCGAGGCGUGGCGGCCCGCGGCGGUCGCGUCGUGCGUGUCACGUACCCGCGUACCGCCAACAACGACAAGGAACUCAGUGUCGUCAGAGGAGAAUACCUAGAGGUGCUAGACGAUUCGCGCAAAUGGUGGCGCGCGCGCAACCGACGGGGAGUCACCGCGCACGUCCCGCACACCAUCGUGGCGCCGGCGGCGGAGCCCGACCCCAACCUGUACCCCAACCCCAUCUACACGCACUAUCAGGACAGCGGCGGCGUCAGGUCGGGCGGCAGCAGCCCGACGGGCGCGGCGGGCGCGGACAAGGCGCCUCCGCCCCCGCCACCGCCGCCGCCGCCGCCCCCGCCUCCGCCCGCGCCUGUCGCCACUGACACCAUCAAGUCGACGAAGUCGGCCAUGAGCACGGCGGCCAGCGGCGGAGACUUCACGGAUGAGCUACGGGAGGUGUUGCCCCAAAUCCAACAGCGGAGGAAGCUCCUCGAGUUCAAGAAAACGCCUGAAGUGUUUAUCCACCAGAAAUCCAACCCCGAAGAGGUCGCCGAAUGGCUAGAAGCUAAAGGCUUCUCAGCGACCGCCGUGCGCGCGCUGCGCGUGCCCGGGCACGCGCUGUUCAGCACGCCGCGCGCGCAGCUCGAGCUGCUGCUCGGCCCCGACGAGGGCAAGCGCCUCUACAGCCAGAUCCUAGUGCAGCGCAACGUGUCCGGGGUACGACUAGCUUUACCACGACAAUCUGCCUGUUGAUUACAAGACGACGUCAGCGUCAGAGCUGCAGAGCAUCCUACGCAAGGUCCGCGAGAAGGUGGAGGUCUCCUGAGACCCCCUCCGGCCACCAGACCUCUUGGGACCACUUCGAGACGCCAUCCGUCUCAUAAGAUCCCUUCACAAGCGCGGAAGUUGACUUUCUGGGCGCCUAGCCAAAUGAAAAUCUUUU